AUGGAAGGGAACUACACACCCAAUAGCACCUACCACACAAAUCUCAACACACUUUUGUCCACUCUCACUUCCAACACAGAAAUUGACUACGGAUUCUACAAUUUCUCAUAUGGUCAAAACAGUAACAAAGUGAACGUCAUUGGGCUGUGUAGAGGAGAUGUUAGGCCAGAUGAGUGCCGCAGUUGCCUCGACGAUUCCAGAGUCAAUCUCACACAGCUUUGUCCGAAUCAGAAAGAGGCAAUUGUGUGGUUUGACAUUUGCAUGUUGCGGUACUCGAACCGCUCAAUAUUCGGCAUCAUGGAAACUUCACCUUUUUUUAAUUUGUGGAACGGAUACACUGCAACAGAGGUGGAUAAGUUGAAUCAAGUGCUCGGUAACUUGAUGAGGAAUUUAAAAGACAGAGCUGCAUCAGGUGACUCUCGUCGUAAGUAUGCUGCGGCAAAUGCAACUUUUCAAAAUUUAUACGGUGUUGUGCAGUGCACGCCUGAUUUGUCACGUCUCGACUGCAAUGACUGCUUGGAUGAGGUUAUCUCAGAAUUCCCAACUUUGUUCGAUGGCCAGCUAGGUGGUAGAGUCGUUAGGCCGAGUUGUAAUGGUGUUAGAUAUGAAACCUACGGCUUCUACGAACCUACGCCAAUAUCAGACACAGAUGUACCACCACCAACACCACUGUCUUCACCAUCCACCAAUAACACUUCCUCACAAGGAAAGGGCAACAUGUCACGAACUGCCAUAGCCAUAGUUGUGCCCACUGUUGUUGCUGUUUUUGUUUUGCUCUUUUUUAUCUGCAUAUAUUUGAGGAGGAAGGCAAAGAAAGAUGUUGCAGUAAUUCAAAGCAUGCGUAACUCAGUCACUACUUGGAAGAAGCAAAGAGAAAAAGGGAAGUCAAUAGCUACUGUGUUCUGUUUUCACAAAUUUUAUCUUCUGAUGUUCUACUUUGAUAGCACUGACGACAAUAUUGCGCUUUUAUCACAUUCGAAAAACUCACUAGUUCAAAUUCGUUCCACAUGUGAAAUUGAAGAAGUAGAGGAUGAUUAUAAUGAAAUUAAAAUUGCUGAGUCGUUGCAAUUCGACUUUGACACAAUACGAGUUGCCACAAGUGACUUCUCUGAUUCUAAUAAACUCGGACAGUGCGGAUUCGGAGCUGUUUACUUGGGUAGACUCUCCAAUGGACAAGUGAUUGCAGUCAAAAGGUUGUCAAGAGAUUCUGGCCAAGGAGAUACUGAAUUUAAGAAUGAAGUGCUUUUAUUGGCCAAGCUGCAGCACCGAAAUUUAGUUAGUCUACUUGGUUUCUGCCUGGAAGGAAGAGAAAGGCUGCUUGUCUAUGAAUUUGUUCCUAAUAAAAGCCUUGAUUUGGAAUCGGUAAGGAGAAACUGGAGGGAGGGGACAGCUACAAAUAUUGUAGAUCCAUCAUUAAACAACAGUUCGGGAAAUGAAAUGAUGAGACGCAUCCACAUUGGUUUACUCUGUGUUCAAGAAAAUUUAGCUGACAGACCAACAAUGGCUGCCGUUGCACUAAUGCUUAAUAGCGAUUCUCUCACUCUCCAGGUACCUUCAGAACCUGCAUUUUAUAUGGACAGUAGAACUAGAAGCCUUCCACACAUGCAGUCAUGGCCAUAGGUGUAUAAUUCAAGGGCAAGAAGAUCAACUUAGCUUAAUUGAGCUCAAAAAUCAGUAGAUGAGGCUUCAAUUAAUAUCCUUGCUAGAUUUUGGUCAUCGUGGUGAUAUUUAUAUGCUUUUUCGAUUCAAAUAAACAACAUAAAUCUUUAUAUUUUUAUUUCUAGUAUUUGAGAAUUGAGAUAUAUUCUACCGAGCUUGGGGGCAUGAGUGCAGUAGUGCUUAUGAGGUCCAUUCCAACAAAACACGAAGAAAGUAAUAGUCGGGCAUGCCCUCAGCCACGUUGGUCUCAAUUAUAUUUACCGUUUCUUUUUACUUCUUUUUAAAGAUCAAUUUUGAUUCCUAAAAUUGUUAAUU